AUGAAUACAUUACCUUUGAGAAUCAUUGGUGAGAUAGUAUCUCAUCUUGAUGCACUUGUUGAUAGGUUGUUCGUGUCAUUGUUAUGUAAGAGAUUGUUUGAACAUCGACUCAAUCGACAAGCCAGUAUCGACCUUCGAUCAUAUAUCAACCGUGAUGAUCAAUCAUUCUCUUUGAAUGCAUUCAAGGUAGUAUUGAAUAUGUCUAAUCUAAGGUCUGUAUCAUUUAGGUUCAAGGGUGCGGCGAAUGAACAUCCAUUCUCUGAGUCACAUCCGAUGUUUGUUGAUAUAUGUAGCGUGUUGAGAGAGGUGGCAAAGAGAUCAGUGCGAAUGACUUUGAUUCUUGAGGAUUAUCCUGUGUCGGGAUUACAUCAUAUACCCGUGACACAUAUGUAUAUGAUGACUGAUCGCCUCACACCUAGUGAUGAGUCACUGCGUCAACAUCAAUAUCUCCCAACAACCCUCAAGUCAUUGAAGAUGCCCUCCAACUUCAAAGGUACACUGGACAACAUUGUGAUGCCAGAUGGCUUGUUGACGUUGGAGCUCCCCAACUCGGGUUGGAACCAUCCCAUCCUUCCCAACACCCUGCCCAGUCAUCUCGAGGAGCUUGUCUUGCCCAGGCACUUUGACCAGGUGAUCCAGGCGCAAACAUUCCCCGCCACUCUCAAGCGACUCAAGAUUGGGCAAUGCUUCACACAUUCCCUCAUUGGUGUGUUGCCACCGUCACUCACCUGUCUAGAUAUGAGCGCCAUUGACAUUAACUAUCAUCACGAUCUGGUCUAUCUCCCGACCAGACUAACGACAAUCCAUCUGCCCAUGCACUUCAAGCGUACACUCGACCACCCUCCCCUGCAGUACAUAUACGCAUGUAACUACUACCUCUCUCCCUCGCGACCAUUCCCCAACCUCAAGAAGCUCAAGACCAGGUAUAUGAAGUCGACGCACAACUUUGACACAGUUCACUUUCCCAAACUGACAGGAUUGACGAUCGUCGACGGUGAUGACCCACUGAACCUGUCGACCGUCCCUUGGUCCACGAUGAAGCAUUGCAAUCUGUUCUGUGACUAUGGCAUCGGAAGGAAUCCGCUGAGGACCAUCAAGGAUGCCAUCCCAUUUGGGGUCAAGAAGUUAUCGUUGGCCAACUGCAACUUUAGUAUCGCCCCACCAGGCUGCCUACCCGCAUCAAUCACUCGCUUGGCACUAUGGCGCAUGAUUGGUCUAAAGCCAGGCGAUAUACCAUCUUCAGUCACUUGGUUGGAGAUACAAGAGGAGUGCUUGGACAUUUACGUCAAUACGCAUUGGAACCUUUGA